AUGCCUGAACCGCCGUAUCCCCUACAUGAAUCAGUUUUAGAUCGUAUUCACCCGGAAUACAAGGCUUUCUACAAUAAACACGUUUUCGACAAACAGGUGGUUCAUCACCAACCCAUCUCGGCUUCGCGUGCCAGUGGAACCCUCAUCCCUGGAGCCGGGCCCAAGCUUGACGUUGCGAGCUCGCAAGACUUUCAGAUCCCUAGAAAGGAGACGAGCGGACCGGACAUCUUGGUCCGCGCUUUCACGCCUUUAGGAGACAAACCCGAGAAAGGAUGGCCCUUAUGUAUCUGGUUCCAUGGAGGAGGAUGGGUCUUGGGGAACAUUGAUACUGAGAAUGUCAUUGCAACAAACCUGUCCAAUCGGGCCAAAUGUGUAACCAUUUGUGUGGACUACCGGCUCGCACCAGAGGACCCUUUUCCGGCCGCCGUUGACGAUUGCUGGGAAUCUCUUCUCUGGGCAAUCUCAACCGGGGCCGAAAAGCUAGGUCUUGAUACUUCACGGAUUGCCCUCAGCGGAUCAUCGGCUGGCGGAAACCUCACCUUGGUUCUGUGCCAGCGAGCGACAACUCGUAAUGAUAUUCCGCCCAUAGCUGUUCAACUGCUGUCGGUACCUGUGGCAGAUAAUACUGCUGUAGUUGAGUCGUCUAAACCCGAGCACGCAUCGUGGAAAGAGAACGAGUUUACUCCCGCCCUGCCUGCUGAAAAGAUGAUGUGGUAUCGGUAUCAUUACCUGCCGCAACGCGAAGAUUGGUCACAUCCCGAGGCCAGCCCGCUCUUAUGGAAAGGCGACUGGUCAAAGCUUCCUCCAGCAGUCAUUGUUAUGGGCGAACUCGACGUGUUGCGGAGCGAGGGUGAGGCACUUGGGGAGAAGCUGAAAAAUGCGGGAGUGGCGGUUGAUUUUCAUGUUAUGAAAGGCCAACCGCACCCUUUCAUUGCCAUGGAUGAGGCACUAGAGGAUGGCCGAAGAGCUAUCACGCUGUUCUGUGAUAAACUGGUCGCGUCAUUGUAG